AUGGUCUCCGUCACAAUUUUAGGGGCUGGAAUUACCGGCCUCACUAUAGCUAGCCAGUUGCCAAUCGAUCACAGAAUUACCAUAAUUGGAAAGCACUUGCCUGACGACCCUGUGGACUUUGAUUAUGCAAGUCUUUGGGCCGGUGCUUGUUGGGUCGGUGUUCCUGACUCGAGCUCUCAAGAUCAAAAGCUACAACUCGACGCUUAUUCUGGCCUUUACAGAACCGCUUCUGAGCAUCCUGACUCCGGGCUUAGGAUCUCGGAAGUGAAGGAGGUUAUUGAACAAGGAGUCCAUGCGUCUCCAGAUGCCAUCUGGUGGCAGAACAAAGUCCAAGGUUUUCGCUUUCUGAAGCCAGAUGAAUUGCCGGAACGCGCAGCGUGGGGUAUGGCGUAUUCCACCAUUAUUAUUUCUCCUCAGAUCUUUCUCAAGUGGCUCAAAACACGACUUACCGCAAGAGGAGUUCAGUUCAAGCGUAUGACCGUGCAAGAUCUACAUGAACUCAAACACCUGGGACAUGAUCUGCUCAUCAAUGCAUCGGGAGCAAGCACUAGGUUCUUGCCAAGCAUCUCUGAAAAGACACUUGUUCCUGUCCGGCUGCAAUCACUUGUCAUAGAAAAGGAGUGGGAUCAAGGUUUUAUAUAUCGAGGCAGUGGUGGAUAUUACUUCAACAUUUUUGGUCGACCAGACGGCACAUGUUAUGUUGGAGGCUUUAAAGAUUUUGGAGUUGAGGACCGAACAAUAUACGACGUUCAAAGACAAACGAUUUUGACCCGGGGUAGCCAAGUAUUAUCCCAGGUUUUUCUUUCUGACAACCUUGAGGAUUACAAGGUUCUAUACGACAUCGCUACAACUUAUCAUUACCGACCACAGGAAUGUGGUGGCACUCGGGUUGAGAAGGAACUUGUCGAUGGACAGAUGGUCAUACAUGCAUAUGGUCAAGAAGCUGGAGGUUUCUCGUACAGUUUUGGGGUUGCGAGAGCUGUAGCGGAGCUCGUUUCGGAUCAUGCAUUUGAGCUUCCAGUCCCUAGCCGUUUAUAA